AGGGUGUAUGUACCCCUGCCUCUGAUGUUGCUGUAAUGUCAAUUCUUCCAAGUUGGUGCCAAGGGAGGAUAUGCGGAAUGGUGAGGGGUAUGCCCAAACUGUUUUACCUGCAUCGGACCUAGCUGAUAAGGCGAGGAAGGACUUGGCGUUCGUGGCCGACGUGCAUGGCGCAUGCCAACCUGUGCAUACAGAGCUCGGUCGUGAGGUGUUCGCCACGCCGACUAGGACCAUUUGCCCUGCGAUGAAUGGUUCUGUGCAGACGCCGGUGAAUCCAAAUACGUCGAUCAAACCUUUGCCAAACCACAAGGGUGUAGAGAUGAAUAAGAUUGUUGAUUUUGGGGGUAUCGAAAAGGAAACUUCGCAAAAUGUGAGGUCGAGCGGGAGGCUACGUGCUCAGCCUAAUUAUGAUGCAACCCAGAUGGAGAGAGCGAGAAUGCUUCUGCAGAAGCGUGAUGAACUGCCAGUGAUAGGUUAUCCGGCGCGCUGCUCAUUGGAUUCAACAAUGGGUUUUCCUUCUCCCUUUGGAACAGCGGGAGGAUAUGGUUACUGGAUGCAACCGGAUGCUAGUGGUUGCUCAGGACUUCUUUUUCCAGGCUACUGGGUGGCGACACAUUAAUAGAUUAGCAAAUGGAUAGGCUGUCUCUC